AUGGAAAAGAUUGACUGCAUGGAGAGAAAGUUGCUUAGACGAUUGCUAGCUUACCUUUGGCCGAUGGUGUACCAUAACGAAGAACUUUACUCGGAAAUGGAUAUGGGGUACCGGCGGAUGACACGUGGAAAACAUCAACAUCUUGCCCUAUCUCCUGAAGUAGUCACGGAAAACCGUUUUUGCCUCCUUGGUCACGUUUUGAAAAGACCAUCUGGUCGUCUUGCUCAAGUUAUCCUGGAGAUGCUUCCAGAUCGUAAAUAG